AUGAGAUCUCCUGGCGGGGUCGCGGUGGGCGGGCCGUGGACCCUCCAGUAUAAGGCGGUCCCGGGGGAGUGCAGAGAAAGGGGGGGGUCUCGGCGGCCGGAGGAGGAGUAGACGCGGGUGAAGAUGGCGGCAGCCGAGGCCGCGAACUGCAUCAUGGAGGUCUCCUGUGGCCAGGCAGAAAGCAGCGAGAAGCCCAACGCUGAGGACAUGACGUCCAAAGAUUACUACUUUGACUCCUAUGCUCACUUCGGCAUCCACGAGGAAAUGCUGAAAGAUGAGGUCCGCACCCUCACAUACCGCAACUCCAUGUUUCACAACCGGCACCUUUUCAAAGACAAGGUGGUGCUGGACGUGGGCUCGGGCACAGGGAUCCUCUGCAUGUUUGCUGCCAAGGCUGGGGCCCGCAAGGUCAUUGGGAUCGAGUGUUCCAGUAUCUCUGAUUAUGCGGUGAAGAUCGUCAAAGCCAACAAGUUAGACCAUGUGGUGACCAUCAUCAAGGGGAAGGUGGAGGAGGUGGAACUCCCGGUGGAGAAGGUGGACAUCAUCAUCAGCGAGUGGAUGGGCUACUGCCUCUUCUAUGAGUCGAUGCUCAACACCGUGCUCUACGCCCGAGACAAGUGGCUGGCACCCGAUGGCCUCAUCUUCCCAGACCGAGCCACGCUGUACGUGACCGCCAUCGAGGACCGGCAGUACAAGGACUACAAGAUUCACUGGUGGGAGAACGUGUAUGGCUUCGACAUGUCUUGCAUCAAAGACGUGGCCAUCAAGGAGCCCCUGGUGGAUGUGGUGGACCCCAAGCAGCUGGUCACCAAUGCCUGCCUCAUCAAGGAGGUGGACAUCUACACGGUCAAGGUGGAAGACCUGACCUUCACCUCCCCCUUCUGCCUGCAAGUGAAGCGGAACGACUACGUGCACGCCCUGGUGGCCUACUUCAACAUCGAGUUCACCCGCUGCCACAAGAGGACCGGCUUCUCCACCAGCCCCGAGUCCCCCUACACUCACUGGAAGCAGACAGUGUUCUACAUGGAGGACUACCUGACGGUGAAGACUGGCGAGGAGAUCUUUGGCACCAUUGGCAUGCGGCCCAACGCCAAGAACAACCGUGACCUGGACUUCACCAUCGACCUGGACUUCAAGGGCCAGCUGUGUGAGCUCUCCUGCUCCACUGACUACCGGAUGCGCUGAGGCGGCGCCCGGCUUCUCCCACCCCAGCCAGGCUGGCCCUGCAAGGGCCCAGGGGCUGCGGUGUUCUUAGGCGGUUUUGGGGCUCCCCCUUCCUCUCCCUCCCUCCCACAGAAGGGGGUUUUAGGGGCUGGGGGUGGGGGGGCACAUCGUGACUGUGUUUUUCAUAACUUAUGUUUUUAUAUGGUUGCAUUUACGCCAAUAAAUCCUCAGCUGGGA